UCAGAUCACAUCGGCGGAACAAUCAAGCCAUCUCGUCAACGGGAAAGAAUCGUCGACGCACGGAAGAUUGUGUGGCCACCCCGGGUUAGAUUGCGCGCACCCAGUGAGUAGAGUAGAUUCCGGUUGAGGACCGUUGUUUUUUUUCCUUUCUGUUCGGGGGGAAAAGAAAGGACGAAAGUCGGGCGAUUAAGUUUUUGGGCUUUGUCGAAAGAAGUGAAAUCGCAGGCCCCCUUCUCCCAGUUUUCCCCUUGUCAUUGGAGAAAGAUAAAAAAAAUAAAUUAAAACACCGGAGAAUAGUGUUCCGAGAAGGAGGACGAGGACGAGUGUGUGCCCAUCGGCAACUUUCCGGUUGGUAAUGCUUUAAGCUCCCAGCGCCGGUGCGUGUGACCGCGGACGAGCGUGAAUUGACUGAAAUCUUCUGGUUGGAGCUGGGAGUUCGAGAGGGCAUUUAGGAUGGAUGUGCAACAGUUGGAGUUGCUGUGCAAGCAGUUCUACGAAUCGCAGGACGGGCAAGCGCGGGCGGAAGCGGAAAAGGCCCUGUAUCUGUUUCAGGAGGAUCCGGAUGCGUUGCCCAAGUGUCAGCAGCUGCUGGAGCGGAGCAACUCCGGCUACUCGCAGUUGCUGGCGGCGACGACGCUGACGAAGCUGGUGUCGAAGAACAUCCAGGCGCUGAGCAUGCAGCAACGGGUCGACAUCCGGAACUACAUCCUGAACUAUUUGGCCACCCAUCCAAACCUGCAGUCGUUUGUGAUUCAGGCGCUAAUUGCGCUGUUGGUCAAGAUUACCAAGCUGUGCUGGGUUGAUUUGUACGAGGAUGAGUACGUCUUCAGGAACAUCGUGUCGGACGUUAAGGAGUUUCUCGGUGGUUCCGUGGAGCAUUGCAUGAUUGGAGUGCAGAUUCUCUCCCAGCUGACGGUCGAGAUGAACCAGCUGGCGGAAACGGCGUGUAAUUUAACGUUCACCAAACAUCGCAAGAUUGCAUGUCUGUACCGAGACUCGCAGCUGUACGACAUCUUCAUUCUGUCCUGCACGUUGCUCAGCCAGGCCAAGGACAACUGCUGCAAAACGGCCACCGCAAGCCAGUACAUGGACGAGGCUCAGCACGGACUGUUUACGCAUCUGCUGAACCUGGCCCGCAACUGUCUCAGCUUUGACUUUGUGGGCACCUCGGCGGACGAAUCUGCCGACGACAUGUCUACCGUGCACAUCCCGACCAACUGGCGGCCGGCCUUUCUCGAGUCGGACUCUGUGAAGCUGUUUUUCGACCUGUACCACGUCCUACCGGCACGGCUUUCCUGCUUGGCCCUGUCCUGCCUGGUCCAAAUUACCUCGAUCCGGCGAUCGAUCUUCAACAACACCGAACGCAUCAAGUUCCUGGCGAAGCUCGUCAAGGGAGCUACCGACAUCCUGAAAUCAUCCCACGGUCUCAGCGAUCCGGAAAAUUACCACGAAUUCUGCCGCCUGCUGGCCCGGCUCAAGUCCAACUUCCAGCUCGGGGAACUCGUCACCGUCGAAAACUAUCCGGAAGCAAUCCAACUAAUCGCCAAGUUCACCGUUCAAUCGCUACAGAUGUGGCAAUUCGCCCCGAACAGCAUUCACUACCUUCUUUCGCUGUGGCAGCGCCUAAUCGCCUCCCUGCCGUACGUGAAAUCCUCCGAGCCGCACUUCCUGGACACGUACACGCCCGAGGUCACCAAGGCGUACGUCACGUCCAAGCUCGAAUCCGUGCCGGUCAUCCUGCGCGAAGGUCUCGAAGAUCCACUGGACGACACCGGAAUGGUUCAGCAGCAGCUCGAGCAGUUCUCGACGAUCGGACGGUGCGAGUACGAAAAGACCUGCGCCUUGCUCAUCCAACUGUUCGACCAAACCGCCGGUCGCUACCAGGAAAUCCUCUCCUCACCUCCGACCUCCGCCACCCACCAUCUGGACAUCCAAACGUGCGAGGGACAGCUCACCUGGCUCGUGUACAUCAUCGGUGCCGCCAUCAGCGGACGCAUUUCCUACUCGCACGACGAUCACGACCUCCUGGACGGCGACAUGAUCAUCCGCGUGCUCCAGCUGAUGACCCUGACCGAUUCGCGCCUCCCCGCUUGCGGCUGCGAAAAGCUCGAAUUCGCCAUCAUGUGCUUCCUCGAGCAGGUCCGCAAGGUGUACAUCAACGAGCACCUGCAGAAGCUCAAGAUGUUCAAGCGGCUGUCGGAGGUGCUGGGCGUGAACGACGAGACGACGCUGCUGACCGUCAUCAGCAGGAAGAUCAUCACCAACCUCAAGUACUUUGGCCACUCGGAGCAGAUCAUCCGGAAGACGCUGACGCUGCUGAACGAUCUGACGCUGACGUUCAGCUCGAUCCGGCGCCUGAUCAAGCUCGACGAGAUACAGUUUAUGCUGAACAAUCACACGCGCGAGCACUUUUCCUUCCUCGGAACGGGCGCCGUCAGUGCGUCCCGCUGCCGCAGCAUGUUCUACACCUGUCUGGGCCGGCUGCUGAUGGUGGACCUGUCCGAGGACGUCGAGCGGUUCAACACGUUCAUGAUGCCGCUGACGAACACGAUCGAGAACAUGGUCAUGAUGAGCUUCCCGAGCGAGGAAGCCCGCAAGGAGCUGAUCGGGCUGUCGCGCGAUCUGCGCGGGUUGACGCACGCGUUCAACGCGAAGAACCCGUACAUGAUGCUGUUCGAUUGGUUCUAUCCCGACUAUUCGCCCCUGUUGAUUCGUGCCAUCGAGCUGUGGGCACACGAUCCGGCCGUCACUACGCCGGUGUUGAAGCUGUUUGCUGAGCUGGUGUACAACCGAUCGCAGCGGUUGCAGUUUGACGUGUCUAGCCCGAACGGAAUUCUCUUAUUCCGGGAGACGUCUAAGCUGAUUUGCUGCUACGGUGAGCGAAUCCUGUCGCUGGAGGUGCCCAAAGAGCAGAUCUACCCGAUGAAGCUGAAGGGGUACGCAGUGUGCUUCCAGAUGCUGAAGGCGAUUCUCAGCGGCAACUACGUGAACUUUGGGGUGUUCAAACUGUACGGGGACGACGCGCUGGACAACGUGCUGAACAUGACCGCCAAGCUGAUCCUGUCGAUCGCGCACGACGACAUUCUGGUUUACCCCAAACUGUCCCAGGCGUACUACAUUCUGAUCGAGUGCCUCGCUCAGGACCACAUCACCUACCUGUCCACGCUGGAACCGCCCGUGUUUCUGUACAUCCUCGAGAGUAUAUCCAAGGGAUUGAAUGCGUUAGACGUACUCGUCGGUUCCGGUUGCUGCGCAACGUUGGACUACAUCGUGACGUACAUUUUCAAGCAGUUGCAGCUAAAAGAAAAGCACAUGCUGCUGGUGACGACAUUCCCGAACAAAAAGGUGCGCCAGAGCGUCCUGCCGGAGAACAACGUGUUCCUGAAGGUGAUGGAGCUGCACCCGGAGAUCCUGCAGAACCUGCUGUCGACGCUGCUCAACAUCGUCAUGUACGACGACUGCAAGAACCAGUGGUCGAUGUCGCGGCCGCUGCUGGUGCUGCUCCUGCUGUACGAGGACUACUUUAGACAACUCCGCGAAAACAUCAUCCACUCGCAGUCGCUCGAGAAGCAGCAGUCGAUGGCCUGCCUGUUUGACGCGCUCAUGGACGGCAUCGAGCGGAAUCUGCACAUUCGAAAUCGGGACAGAUUCACCCAGAACCUGUCGGCGUUCCGGCGCGAUCUCAACGAUUCCCUCAAGUCGGCAAACAACCUGGCCAACAGUUCGUCGGUGAACGAAAUGCUUGACUAAAAAAUGUUUUCUGUUCCUUCUCUGGGUGUUAAAAAUCAAGCAUUUUUUUUGUUGAUAUAAAGAGUUUAACUUCAAAAAUCUUGCAAACAUUCUGGUUGUAGCCGUACUUGUUAAAAAUGAUACAUAUUUAUCCUUAAAAAUUAAUAGUUUUUUAUAAUCUCUUCUCUCUAAUUGUCUCGUUUCUCAAAUUGGUUAUUUCUUCUUCUUUCCCCCUUUUGUCUACCCCGCAGAUGCCAGAAUAUUUUUCAGUUUAGACUUUGUAAUUUUGCGUACAAAAACAUGCGUAAAAGAGAGAGAGAGAGAGAUAGAUGGCACGAGCGCGUUUGAGCGGAUGUUUGGAUGGUAAUUGAAAUGUUUUUUUUGUUGGUGUAACAGAUAAGUAAACACACUCUUACAUACACUCACACGCUAGUAAAAGUAGUGCAUUUUUUCGUUGCUUGCGCCAAUUUGUUUGCUAAACUAGUAGAAAAAGCACUUGACAGCAAAAGUUGCGUGUGCGCGCGUGUGUAUGUGUGUGCGUGACUUUGUUAUUGUAGGAGGAGAAAAACAAAUAAAAGAAAAGAAGUUUAUAGAACAAAACAAAACCAUGCGAAAGCAGAAAGUCCGUGAAAUUAGUAAUUAAGGAUAACAUUAGUAAAGCACUUUGUUGGUGUGGCUUUCGCAGGCUUUCGCCAUCCGAAACAAUUAAAGAA